GCGCUGCAUAAACUCUUGGCGCUAUGGCAAUUGUGUAUAAUAAUAAUAAUAUGUGUUCUACAACACUGAUGUAAUUGAAAUAAUUAAUAUGUGCAUAGGUUAUGGAUCCUCUUCUCAUUAUCCAGGAUUACUCACAAUCUACAGAAUACUAUUCACUUCAUUCUGAUGUGUAAUCUUUUUUUUAUGCAUGAUGCGAAUGUUCUGCACAGACUUGUCAUCUAUAAAUAUCCAAUAGGACAAUGCUUAGGUUAUCCUAGGAUCGCCUAAUGUUUCCUUUGGCAGUCUCGCCUACUUGUAAUCUAAUGCUCAAUCCAAACUCAUGUUCAAAUAGCUCAGUUACAAUUUAUAGAUCUGAAGCAACAUCGAAAUACCAACACUAAACAAAACAUAAUUGUCUGUAAGACCUGAUUUACCUGUCAGUUUAUCUAGUCCAGUUUGAGACAGUCCUUACUGCUUCAGACCAAACUCAACGGGUGGUUUGGAAAGUACAUUCAGUUCAGACUUAGUUGAUCUUUAUGAGUUGUGCGCAGAACAGAUCUCAUCUAGAUUAUACCUACUGGUCUCUGCGACAGAUUCAUCAUGUCCAAUGGGCCGAAGAAAAAAAUUACCCAGAAGCUCAAAAAGACCCUUCCGGUCACAGGACCACAAGCUCCUACCUUGUAUGAGUUGAUGCAAUGGUACUGCUUGACCACCAACACCCACGGCUGCAGGAGGAUAGUGGUAUCUAAGGGUCGCUUAAGAAAAUGGAUAUGGAUUGUCCUGACUUUAAUAGCAGUGGCCCUUAUAUUCUGGCAAUGUGCUCUGCUGCUAAUGUCCUAUUAUAGUGUGAGUGUCUCCAUUACCGUCAACUUCCAAAAACUGACCUUCCCGGCCAUCACCAUCUGCAACAUGAACCCAUACAAGUACAGUGCAAUCAAGGAAUAUCUGACUGGACUGGAACUAGAGACCAACCAAGCACUAAGGGACAUAUAUGGUUUCUCCAAUCCUCUUACUCGUAGACGCAGAGACUUACAACAACAAGAGACUAUUCCAGAAGAUAAGCUACAGUACUUUAAAGAAAUCAAGUUAUUUACCAUUAAGAGUAUAAAUGGAAAUGAGGUUGUUGCUGAUGACAUUCGUACAGGUAGACGUUCCAGAAUGAAUGCCAGAGUGGUCCACGAGAACAGAGAGAGAACAGUUGGAAAUAUUGUUGGUUAUAAGUUGUGUGACCCAAACAACAGCUCAGAUUGCACAGUGUUCACCUACAGCUCAGGUAUCAAUGCCAUCCAGGAAUGGUACAGGUUACAUUAUACAAACAUCUUGGCCAAGAUUCCGACAGAAAAGAAGAUUCAAAUGGGUUACUCUGCUGAAGAACUGUUCAUCAGUUGCUCCUUUGAUGGUCAGUCUUGUAGUGCAAGGGACUUCACUCUAUUUACUCACCCUCUGUAUGGCAAUUGCUACACAUUCAAUGAUGUUUCAAGAGAGAAUCUGUUUGUAUCUUCUAUGGGUGGAGCAGAAGCUGGGCUGAAGCUUGUUAUUUUCAUUGAUGAAGAAGAAUAUAACCCCUUCCUAGUUACAGCAGCUGGUGCCAAAAUAUUAGUCCAUGACCAGAAUGAUUAUCCGUUCAUUGAAGAGUCAGGGACUGAACUUGAGACAGCAUCUGAGACAUCUAUUGGCAUGCAUCUGACAGAGUCAUCAAAGCUAAGUAGCCCCUACAGCGAGUGUACUAUUGAUGGAAGUGAUAUCUUUGUCCCGAAUCUCUACAACAAGACGUACACUUAUCAGAUCUGCCUUUAUUCCUGCUUCCAGCUCGAAAUGGUAAAAACCUGUGGUUGUGCACACUAUGACCAGCCAUUGCCAGAAAGAGCAAAAUACUGCAACUAUGAAGAAUACCCCAGCUGGAUUUAUUGUUACUUCAAAUUGCAUAAAAGAUUUGUGCAGGAAGAACUGGGAUGUCAGGACACGUGUCGCGAGUCUUGCAGUUUUAAAGAAUGGGCAUUUAUAAGAAGUGUGGCAGACUGGCCAUCAGUGAAAUCUGAGGAUUGGACAUUGCGGAUUCUGUCCUGGGAACUUGGAAGCAAACUCGAUAAAAACCUGACUAAAUAUGAUCUGGCAAACCUAGGCAUAUUUUACCAAGACCUAAACCUCAGGACAAUAGCUGAGAGCCCUUCUACCAGUCUUUCUAGUCUACUGUCUAACUUUGGAGGUCAGCUGGGUCUGUGGAUGAGUUGCUCUAUGGUCUGCGUCUUAGAGAUUGCAGAAAUUUUCCUCAUUGACUCCUUCUGGGUGGUCUUGCGUCAGAAAUGGACCAAAUUCAUCAGAUGGUGGAAGAAUCGUAAGGGACAAACAGAACAAUCUCCUGACCAACCUUCUUCAGGAAUGGCUGGUCGUGACAAUCCAUGCCUAACAGAUGAUGAUCCACCUACAUUUAACACAGCGCUACAAUUGCCUCAAGCCCAGCAUUGCGAAGUACCAAGAACACCACCACCCUUAUAUAGGUCUUUGCAGCUAGAAUCAACUUUCAACGAGGUGUCUCCAAGUGAAGAAGAUGUGUCUAUAGAAUAUAUGUAAGAAAUUCAUAGAGAACUUUUUGAAGAAAAGUCACUUAUAAAUUCUUACACUGAAGAAGCCAUAGUUCAAAAAAGAAGCUGAAAUGUUCAAAAGAUCUUGGUAGUAAAUGUUAUUUUUGGUGCUUGAUUGAAAUUCAAUGUACUAUCCCUCACAAUGUGCAAAAACUGAGUUGACAAUUUUUCACUGGCUGGUAUUGUCACUUAGUCAUAUAACUAUUGAUUAUUAAAUAAUUGUAUAAAAUUAAUGCUAAUUUGACUUGCACAGCUAGGUAUUUUUAAGUUCAGUUGAAAAUUUUGUUUAAAUCUGCUACUUGCAUUUUGGAUGCCUCAAACCAAAAGUUGCUCAAUGUCUAACAGUGUGAGUAGAAAAGCCUGUCUCCUGCCAGCAGCCUGCUCUCUGUAGGGAAGCAGUGGUCUUUCUGCAUGCCAUUAGACAUUGAUAACCUUUUGUUUUAAUGCACCUGAAGUGCAUUUAUCAGAUUUAAACUGAAAGUUCAAUCGUUUUUUAUUGAUUAUAUGAGCAAUUGAAAUAAUAUGGUGGAACACUAAUGCCUAUGUGUAGGCUAGUUGUAAUGAAAUUGAUAGUCCUUUUGGUACUGUAUUGAUUUACAAAUUCUGUAUUCUUUCUUAAUAUAUUACUUGUUUUAGCUGUUGUCAGGGUACUAAUUUCAGGCAGAGCAGAUUUUCGUAGCCUGAUAGUAACUCAAAUACGUUCUCUGGAUAUGAAGACCUUUAAUACAGAGAACAAAACCAAUGCCCAAUAAGCUUAGAAGCAAAUACAAAUGUUAUAACAAUACAUUUAACGAACAUCAACAGAAAGAAUAUACAAACCUUGUGGUGGACUCAAAGAAAUCCUAUGGUCUGCAAGGAGUGGUCACAGGUGCAUGACUAGCAAUCACAGGGCCCUGUAGCAAAACCUUUAAUGGGCCCCAACAGAAAAAAAAACACUUUUGUAUAAGACCCUAUUUGCAAUGAAAGUGACAAAAGACUGAAAAGAAUGCUGCAGUGUAAAAUAGAGACUGUACAGCAUGCCACACGGAUUGAAAGAGUUAAAAAAAAAAAAAAGAGGCAGUGUGGAAUAAGGAAUGUUCUGCAUGGUAAAUUAGGGUUGAAAAUGUUUUAAUAAAACAGUCAAAACACAUAAGUAGGACACUAUAAUAGAAAAAUUAAACAGUAAGUCUGCUCAAUGGCUAUUGGCCCAUAGCAUGGCUUACAUAUUAACAAUACAGUAUACAAACUGUGAGGAGUGUCACUAUAAAACACCAGAAAAUGUUUUAUCUGUCAUUCAUAUAAGAAAAA